CACCAGCAUGCAUGGACUACCCUGCUCAUCUCUGGGCCACUGUUUUGGUAAUCCAUCUGAUGUUAACACUGAUCCGGCUCCUGCUCAGGAGCCAAACAACUCCAGACGAAGCAGAAAUAACCAUGGGCUCCCAGCUGCAGAUCCAGUUAUAUCCCAGCCUGAAGCCCCAACAGGCAGCCCACAGGAGGAUCCGCAGCACAAGCGGCCACAGAGGACUGUCAGCUGUAUCUCCACCCACUCCACCAGAACCAGAAAAGUAAACAGUACCAACUCAAACUUUACCUGCCACCCUCAGGACAAAGAUGAUGACCCAUGCUUUGAGUCACCUCCACCCUGCCGUAGCCUCUCCCAGACUUCAGAUGAUGAUGAGCUGGAAUUGGAGUGUAGUCCAGAGCUGAAGCUGAAAUAUCCUCAAAUCCCAAGACCCUCCAUUAUUAUCAGACAACCGAAGGAAUCAGAAUUCCAGGAAACAGCGUCUGACAGGUCGGACUGUAGAGAGACAGAGGAUGGAGGGUUAUCAGAUCCGUGUGACCCUGGUCUGUCGCUGUCACCAGGGAGGAGUGUCAUGGCGGAGCCAGACUAUCUGGAGGGAGACUGUGAUGAGCUCAUCAAACCCAAGAAGCUGAUCAACCCAGUCAAGAACUCCCGUAACCACCAGGACCUGCACCGGGAGCUGCUCAUGAACCAGAAGAGGGGUCUGGCUCCUCAAAACAAGCCUGAGCUCCAGAAAGUUCUGGAGAAAAGAAAGAGGGAGCAAGUUCUUAAGGCUCAGAAGGAGGAGCAGGAGGCCCACAAGAAGAGGAGUGACCUGGAGAUAGAGCUCAUGAAAAGACAACAGAAACUAGAGCAGCUGGAGCUAGAGCAACAGAAAAUUGAGGAGGAACAGGAGAACACCCCUGAGUUUGUGAAGAUGAAAGGCAACCUGCGCAGGACCAAGCAGGAGACUGAUGGGGAGGAACGAACCACCUAAGAACCAGCAGGGGUGUCUGGGUCUGGCUGAUUGUGUGUGUGAGCACAGAGACGUCGGGAGUGUGUGUACAAAAGAGAGUGUUGUCUGUGGUGCACGCUGGUGACUUGACAGUGGUCCGAGAUGAACUUCCUGGCUUUCCCAACCUAGCUGUUCCUUCCUGCAGUGAGGAGAGAGACUUUACAGACUAAAGACCCCCCCUCUGUCUGCCUGCCACGGACCGCCAGUACUCACCUCUGCUCUUCACACCCACCCAGCAGCACACAGCACCCCCAUCCUGCAGGAGGGACCUAAUACAGACAUGUUACAUGUUACACGCCUUUUCAACGAGGCCGAGCAAGCUUCAGAUGAGCUCUGAUGGAGAAACAAAACCAACCAAAACAACCAAACACAUACAGGAGUUUUCAUCCCUUCUGUUUCACUCCUCUCUCCACAGCAAGCUGUUGUUUCUCUUUACUGUUAUCGAUGUUGUUAUCGUUGUUGUUAUUGUUCUUUUUUCUUUCUUUUUUUUUCUUCCUCAUCUUCAGAAUCAAAUAAGGAAAAGUGGACACUGGAUGGACUCUUGAAGCUGUGUAAUGUAAAAGCCAAACAAAUGUGCUUUUGUUAUUUAUGUUUGUAGCUUUUAGCCCAGGUAUAGGGGAGGACACUUUUAGUCGUUCUGUAUUUUAGUUGUUUUACAGUAUAGUUUAUGAAGCCAGAACAGGACAAAGGGAGUGUAUGGUUGUGUGAAACACUCAAGUUUGCUUUGUUAUUUUUUAUUUUAUUUUAUUUUAUUUUAUUUUAAACAUGCCAUUUCCUCAGCUAAUGCAAUUUUGAGCAAUAGUAGAACUCCCAGGCAUGAGAGUGACAUUUUCUUUAUAUAUUCUGUUGUUUUGUAUGAAUAAAAGUGUUACUUAAUAAAUAAUUUAAGUUUUUGUUUUAGGUUGGUCAAUGAGAAUAAGCAAUGAGCCCUGUCUGAUCAGUCCUUGUGUGCUUCGGUAAAGAGUAUAAUUGAAAGUGUACACUUGGAGGCCACCUGUCAUCUUGGGAUGUCUGCACGGCUCCUGAAACAACUCUGAUAAGCAUCCUGGAUCAUCCUGGAAUGUCUUGGAAUUUCAGAAUUUUGUUUUUAUUUACAGUGGAGCCCUUAGAUGAACAGACGGGUCGUUUAAAUCAGUAAAUCUGAACUAAAGUGGGUGUUAACUGCAAAACUAUUUAACUAGCAUGUGUAGCCAGCACCACAUACAAAUUCCAAAAUGGUUACACAAUGUGAGAAACUGAGAUUGCUUUGGAUGUUAAAGUGCACGUUAAUCACACAAAAUAAUAUUCUGGGUCUAAAAUUUUGAUUUAUGGGUCUCUAAGAGGCGAUAGCUAUUAUUAUCAUGGGAAGAAGCAGUUUAAAACAACAUAACCCUGUGUUCCUCGCCAGAAUCUUUUAAAUAAACAUAAUUUUAACACGUUC